AUGUGCCGGAAGACCGUUACCCAUCACAUGCAUCAUGAUGUGCGACAACUCAUGAUAACCAGUCUCGAUCAUGAAGGCCACACUGUUUACGCUAACCCUCUGCAUACAGUCUUUCAUCAGUGUGAGAUAGAUACCCCACUGCCGGAGCAGUGGCUCCUUAACAACCCUUUUCCAACGUGCGAAUACCAUAGUUGUUGCCGAGUUUUCCAUAAGGUUCAUUACUGCUCUGAGUUCGUCAAUGAGUUAUUAGAUACAACUUCAUCUUCGGAAGAUGACUUCGAGCCUGAACCCGAGGACUGUCCGUAUUUCAUACAAGAGCACCGGCACAAACGCCUAGAAUACUUCGGCCACCCCGAGUCUUACCCUAUGUGUUGCCCGGCAACUUGGCACGAGGGCGUAAAGGAACUCGAGAAGAUCUCGUUUCCUUACUUCCGGCAAAACAGGGAGAAGUUAUUCGAGUUUGCGACCGCGCUGUUUCUCUCGUGCGAGAAAUAUUACCAACUAGAGAAAGAUGCCGAGACGCUGUUUCUGGUCUACCGCGACUUUGUUAAUAACUUGCCGCGAGGAGAUCCUCGGAUAGCCAUCGCAGAAGUCAGUAUAAUGAAUAUCCAGAACAAGCUCACUGAGAAGAAAAACGAGUUGUUUUCUAGGAUGGUUUGGGCGAAGGGUCUGGAUGUCAAGAAGUAUUCGCGGGGCUUUAUCCCUAUAUGGUGGCUACGUAUGUGGGCUCUGCAGCAGGAAAUGGAAGAGGAAGAACAAAGCGAUGAUUACUUAAGUGAUUCUGAUUACUCAAGCGAGUAUAAUAUUUAAACUAAGAAGGAUCAUACGAAAGCGAGUUAGGCUAUGGUAGGACGUGAAUAGGGAACUCAUGUAGAGUAUACACCUUACUCUUAAAAAUAAGAUAAGGGGUGAUCUUAGCUUAUUGGCUGGCC